UGCCGUUCACAUCUGGCGCCGCGGUGAAUAUUAGGGAUAACUCUUUAACUUUCUGAUUUAUUUUGAAAGGAGGCUGCCUUUUUAGAUUUAGAUGGUUCUGAAAAAGCUGAAAUGCAUCAGAGUUUGGUUUGUCACAAAUAGCGUAAGUGUGAUCUUUAUAGCCUGGUUUGCGAUUUCCUUGGACUGUCUACACCACCAUGCGUAAACAGAGCAUGGUUACGUUUGUAGAUUUGAUACAUCCACAUAGAAUGAAUAUAAGUAUGAAGUUACACGUUUUAUAGUUCGAUACAAUGUCUAGAAUAGUUGGUCAUUCGUAUGCAUGGUCCAUCAUCUAUUCAGUUUAGAAAUGAAUGUCUAGUGGGACAGUCUACACGAUAAGAUGUUUCGUCAUAGCACGAAUUUUAUUAGAAAAAGUUGCUAAUUCUAUGACUAACAUGACGCUGUGCCUUGAGAUGCACUUUUCAUGUUAACACGACUUCCCGAGAAAAGAUUAUGUAAUUCAAUUGUCUAUAGUUCUUCACUGUGAUAGAUGACAUGAUGAACCAUGCGUUUGUGCACUAUAUGUCAAUUAUUUUAGGUCAUAUAAUAAGUGACAUUUUCAUAUGAUUUUGUCCACUUAACAAUUAACAUUUGGACGGGGUUCUUGGGAAGGAAAUUUGGGAUAUGGCAUAAAGGCGCACAGCUCCAUACUGAAGUGUAUAAGUUAGUCUGAAGGGCAAUUUAAAAGACCUAAAAAUACAGCGCUGGUUUCUUCUCCACAAAGAAUCAUUUGAACUUCCCACCGCAGAACGAGAGCGACAGAAAUAGUUCUGACAUGUGGAUGCAAUUUCAGAAGAAGUAAAAAUACAKAAAAAAAACAGACAUGCAGAUAAAUAAAGUGAGUGGGCUCAGUUUGAACGUAUUACAGAUUUAAAAAAGAGGGAGGGAAAGCGAAGAGAUUAUAGUUAUGAUUUUACAAGCCACUAUCAAGACCAUAAUGAGAGGACAGAUAGAGUGAAAGAUGACUUGCACUUUUGAAGACAGUUUAAAGUAAAUUAAGUCAUUUUAACUGAAGCAUCAACUCAACCUUGCUUUCUGAAACGACUAUUGGAGGUUCGGCAUGGUUGUCUCAGGGAUGGGCCCCACUCUAGUGUUCCACAGUGUGGGCUUUCUUUUCUUCAGCUUGGUCCUCAGUCACGUCUGUCUGGUGGAGGCAGAUGAUGUGCUCACCAAAGAGGAACAGAUUGGUCUACUGUUUAAAGCCAAACGCAAGUGUGAGGUGGCCAUCAGUAACAAACACAAGCCUGGUGAUGGUUACUGCUCGCCAGAGUGGGAUGGCAUUGUAUGUUGGCCUGAGGGGUCUCCUGGGAAGCUGGUGUCCACUGCCUGUCCAGAGUACAUCUAUGACUUCAACCAUAAAGGACUAGCCUAUCGUCGCUGUGACAGCAAUGGGACGUGGGAGCUGACCACCACCAACAACAAGACAUGGGCCAACUACAGCGAAUGUGCAAAAUUCCUCUCGCACUAUAACCAAAACAAUGAGAAGGAAGUGUUUGACCGUCUGUACCUCAUCUAUACAGUAGGAUACUCCAUCUCUCUGGGAUCACUUAUGGUGGCUGUGGUCAUCCUAGGUUAUUUCCGGCGGUUGCAUUGUACCAGGAACUACAUCCACAUGCACCUGUUUGUGUCCUUCAUGCUCCGAGGCAUCAGCAUCUUCGUAAAGGACGUGGUGCUGUACUCUGGCUCUGCUCUAGAAGAUAUGGAGAGAGUCAGUGUGGAAGAUCUCAAGUCCAUCACUGAGGCUCCUCCAGCUAACAAAACCCAGUUUAUUGGCUGUAAGGUGGCAGUGACCCUGUUCCUAUAUUUCCUGGCUACCAACUACUAUUGGAUCCUAGUAGAGGGACUGUACCUCCACAGCCUCAUCUUCAUGACCUUCUUCUCAGACAGGAAGUACCUCUGGGGAUUCACUCUAAUUGGAUGGGGGGUCCCAGCUAUGUUUGUGACAGUGUGGGCGAGUGUGAGAGCCACCUUGGCAGACACAGAGUGCUGGGAUCUAAGUGCAGGCAAUCUGAAGUGGAUCGUACAAGUGCCCAUUCUAACAGCAAUAGUGGUGAAUUUUAUGCUGUUCCUGAAUAUAAUACGAGUUCUGGCCACUAAACUUCGAGAGACAAAUGCUGGCAGAUGUGACACAAGACAGCAGUACAGGAAACUGUUGAAGUCUACAUUGGUCCUGAUGCCACUGUUUGGUGUCCACUACAUAGUGUUCAUGGCCAUGCCUUAUACUGAAGUGACUGAAGUCCCAUGGCAGAUACAGAUGCACUAUGAGAUGCUUUUCAAUUCAUUCCAGGGAUUCUUUGUUGCAAUUAUAUAUUGUUUCUGUAAUGGGGAGGUUCAAGCGGAAAUUAAGAAAUCGUGGAGCAGGAGGACACUAGCGCUGGACUUUAAACGUAAAGCCCGUAGUGGCAGUAACACAUAUAGUUAUGGACCUAUGGUGUCUCACACCAGUGUAACCAACGUCACUGCCCGGGGGCCCCUGGCACUGCACCUCACCACGCGCCUUGGGGGCCCCGUCACCGUCAACGGGCACCGGAAUCUCCCGGGGUAUGUGAAGAAUGGUUCCAUCUCUGAGCACUCCAUCCCUUCCUCAGGACAGGAGUUACAUGUUCCCGAGGAGGAGCAGCCAUCCAGUAACGUGCCACCGCAUUCUGUUGAGGAGGAGAAACCCUCGCCUGUAGUGGAGGAGGAGCGGGAGACCGUCAUGUGACAAUCAUGUGACCUCUUGCGAGAGAUGGUCAUGUCAUGUGACCUUCAGGCAGCCAAUAGCGCCUCCACUGUGAGGACAAUCUCUGUAGGAAUGAGUCAUGGGAAAGAUCUCAAUUACAUACUCCUUGUGUCCUCUCUCCUCGUCUCCAGAGGGACCUCUGGCUUUCUCAUCCAAUGAGUUUUGAAAAGGAGAAGAGGAGAGAGGACGCGAGGAGUAUGCAAUUGAGAUCUUCCCAUGAAACAUAGCACCACAUAGACCAGUCAAGCUUCUCAGUUGAUUUUAUUUCACUGCCUUCAAUGUGUUGCAGCAAGUACUUUAUAAUGGAUGAAUCCCAACCAUGGUCUGUGGAUGAACAGUAGGCUAAUGUGUCUGACUGAAACAGACAGCAUUGAUUGUCCACAGGUCCUGUGGCUGAAGGUGUCAACUGUAUACUAUAGGUCCUCAUUCUGGCAGGAGCAUGUUAGCUUAUGUUAGUGUAGCAGAUGGCUAAGUUAGCAUACAGCUCACUAGCUCACAUCUGCUACAUUAGGCACUCCUAGUGAUAUGAGAAUAUGCCUGGCUGCAGUUGAUUCUGCCUGCGUGGUUGGGGAGAUCUCACUACGUUUCAAUUUGUUUGAAAAUGUGGAUGUAAAUUGACCCAACCCACUUUGAUGUAGCUAAAAGGGAAUAAAACUCAGGUCCUCUAAACCCUCCAUUCUAGUGCAUCAGUUGGAGCUAGUCUGUAGUUUCAGAGGUGUGCUGGCUUCUAGAGUUGAUUUAUAUGGAGAAAGGCCCAAUGGAUUACUUUUCCCCAUGAGUAUCAACUUUUUGUACAGUUUGUAUUUUUGCUAUUUAAAAGAGACUAUCCUAAUAUUCAAUGGCUAUGGAAGGUUAUGCUUUUUCCAUGAUGUGUUGAUUACAUUCUUCAAUAAUAAUAUUAUAUUUCACAAUAUAUAAUGCCACAAAAGUAACCGAAACUUGGAGCCCAUUGGAGUCAAAACGUGUUUUUCCUGUGUUUUAUAUAUAUUUCCACACUCUGAGGUUGGAAUAAUACUGCAAAAUUGUGUAAAGGAUGAUAAUGCCCUUUUAAUGUAAGAGCUGUUUGAAAAGACCGCCUGAAAUAUCUGCCUGUUUUGGUUGGAUGGAAUUUUGGCCUGCCUGGCAAUGUCACCAGGGGGUAAAUUAGUUAAUAGACCAAUAAGAAAGAGAGUUCCAAACCUCUCUGCAAAUAAUAGCUCGUUUUCAGUUUUCCUCUCCCAACUCAGACCACUCCCAGAUAGUCCGAGCAAAAUUCUUGCUUGCUUGAGAAAUUACUCUUUGCUAAGAAGGAAUUUUGGUUUCUUUUUGAAGUAAGGUACUUAAUUGUUACCCAGAAAUGAUUUGUUAUUGAGAUAAAAGUGGUUGCAUUGGACCUUAAGUUUUGAGAGAAAUGGAGUGGUAGAGACAGCUCGAAGAGGACAAAAAUAGCUAUUAUAUAAUGUAAUUGUAGAAAACUACUUUAUUAACAUUUUAAAGGGAGGCACCCUCUCCAAAACUCAGGGUGCAGAAAACAGUAAAAAAAAUGUACGGAAUGUUAAUUAGAUGAGGAAUUCCAAGGGAUUCUCAAAUUCCACAGGAGAAUUCCCAGGGAGACUUAUGAAGAGACGGUAUGAAGGAACACCAGAACUGAAUAGCACACAACUGUUAUGUUUUAUAUAGUCCAGUGUUUUGCUGCUCUUUUUGUAUAUACAGUAUGUAUGCAUUUGCAUAGAAGUCACAAUGUUUACAAUGAUAAUAAAAUCCAUUCUAGCUGUGAGCUAAAAUAGCAUCAAAGGUCAUGUAAAUGUAUUAGAACUAUAAUUUGAUAUUUGUACAGACUUUUGAAAAUGUUAAGGGAUGUUGAAAAUGUAGAAUGAUUUAUAUUGUAUUUAGUGGUAAAAACAUUGAAACUGGAUAUAUACUGUAGGUGAGAGACAACAUACUGUUAUGAGGAUUCAGGACCAUAGAGUUAAGAUUUCAGUAGAAUGCCUAUCAGAGGUAAUAACAUAACAUUAGACAGCUAUUUACACUAUACUCACAUGUAAUUCUGUUAAUGUGGCAGUUUAUUGACUUUAGGUUGAUGGGAGUCAAGAACUCAAUUGCACUCCGCUACUGUAUAUCCACAUGUAUACACUUUGACCCUACAGUUCCCUCCCCACUACUCUAUAUCCACAUUUAUAAAGUGGGUGGUUUGAGCCCUGAAUUCUGAUUGGCUGAAGGCCAUGGUAUAUCAGACCAUAUACCAAGAGGUAUGAU